GACGAGCUUUGGUUCAACUUGCAAAUGUUCAUGUCCUACAUGAAACUCACGCCCAUUGUCGAAAAAAUUGUCCUGGAAGCCAACAACUAUUAAGGGUAGGUUAAAGGUGCUUUUCUUAUCGUUUGUUAUAGCUCUCCUAAGAGGGACGGCCAUAACAAACGGAAUAAACGAACACCAAAAGCCUACCUCUAAAACUACGAGGAUGAAAAUACUGCUGCUGACCCUGGCCACGACUUUCAGGCAACAAAGGAGCAGAGUCGGG